CCGGGGCGCGGGGCGCGGGGCGGGGGACAGGAUGCGGCGGCCGGGGGGACUUCCUGUGCCGGCCCAGCCGCGCCCCCUGCGCCCCGGGGCGGCCCCGCAACUUCUGCGCCCGAAGUCGCCGGCCCAGGACGUGCCCGGGGCGCCGGCAGCUCCGACCCCCACCGCGUGGACGCGCCCUCGCCCCGCGCCCGCGGCUGACCACACCUCCCUGCUGCAGGGACGCCCCGUCAUGCAGCGCCAGCACCGCUGGCCUCCUGGAUGUGACCCAGAUGGCGCUGGGAGCGGCUGCACAGACCUUGGUGCUGAAGCUCCGGAGUCUGAAGGAUGGGGUCCCGGCGCCAGGGUUCCUCUCAGGUGGCAGCGGUGGGAGAGAAAGCCAGGAGCAGGAAGAGGCCCAGGAGAGGCGCACAAGCGCCCCCCAGCGGACGGUCUCAGUCCCAACAGGGGUCGGUGACACCUCCAAGAAGACGCGCCGAGAGCGGCCUGGGUGCUGGCCAAAAGGGCCCCAACCGCUGCGUUCUCCACAACAGCUACUGCAGCACGGAGAGGAGAGGGAACAGCCGCAGCAGCAAGAGCAAUCUGAGCAGCAGAGGCAAGGACAGUUAGGAUGGCGCCAGCGACGGCAGGGACAGGCUCCUCAGCUACUGAGACAAUCACAGAGACAGUCAGUGCAGCAGGAGCAGCCACUGUUACAGACGCAAGAACACUUCCAGCUGCAUGGAGCACAAGUGCAAGAACAGUUAGAGCAGCGGCCACAGCGGCGGCUGUUGCAGCAGCGGCUGCAGGAUGCGCGGAUACAGCAGCAGCUGCAGCCUGAGGAGGAGGAAGAGGUGGAACUGGAGCUGGAGCCCGUGGAUGCGGGGUCGGGGUCGGAGCAGGAGCAGGAGCAGGAGCAGGAGCUCGAGCGGCAGCGGGAGCAGCGGCAGCUACAGCUCAGACUCCAGGAGGAGCUGCAGCAGCUGGAGCAACAGCUGGAGCAGCAGGAGCUGCAGCUGGAGCUGACGCCGGUGUCGCCAGGGCCCCCGCCCCAGGAGCUGCAACUGGAGCUGACCCCCGUGUCCCCCGAGCUGCAGCUGGAGCUGGUGCCCACGGCGGCGGGUGACGGAACCUCCGAGCCCGCGGCCCCAGCGGCGGUCAUGGUGGCGCCCCCGGGCUAUGUGGUGGUGCAGGAGCUGAUGGUGCUGCCGGCUGUGGCGGCUGCACCCGCCCUGGUGGCCAUCCCCGGCCCGGCGGGCAGCGCCGCCCUGGCGCCUGCCCGGCAGCGGCGCCGGCGUGCGCGGGACCGGCCAACCAUCUGCGGCGAGUGCGGCAAGGGCUUCGGCCGCAGCACCGACCUGGUGCGCCACCAGGCCACGCACACGGGCGAGCGGCCGCACCGCUGCGCCGAGUGCGGCAAGGGCUUUUCGCAGCACUCCAACCUGGUCACGCACCGGCGCAUCCACACGGGCGAGAAGCCCUACGCGUGCGGCUACUGCGCCAAGCGCUUCAGCGAGAGCUCGGCGCUCGUGCAGCACCGGCGCACGCACACGGGCGAGCGGCCCUACGCGUGCGGCGACUGCGGCAAACGCUUCAGCGUUUCGUCCAACCUGCUGCGCCACCGGCGCACGCACUCGGGCGAGCGGCCGUUCGCCUGCGAGGACUGCGGCGAGCGCUUCCGCCACAAGGUGCAGAUCCGCCGGCACGAGCGCCAGCUGCACGGCGCUGGCCGCCCCCGUGGCCUCGGCCUGCUGCGCCCCCCGCGCGCGCCCCCCGGAGCCGCCCCGCGCCCCGCGCCCGCACCCUGACCCGCUGGGGCCGGCCGUGAGGCUCACCCCACUGAGGGUCGCCGGCUUGCUCCCCGACAGACGCCCCCAGACCCUCUCUGGAAGACCGCCAACGUGGCUGAAACCGCCAGCUACCAUACUGUCCGGAUGUGUGCCUCUACCCGCAGAGGUGACAGUUGGUGACAGGGAUCCAAGGCAAACCAGGGGAUCAAGUUUGGGGGGGCAAAAAGUUCAUCCGAAGAGGGGCCAGAGCGAAAGGAUAGAGGGUAGGGUGCUUGCCUUGCACGGUUUCGACCAGGACACCCUAUAUGGUCCCCCAGCCCGCGAGGAGUGACACCUGAGCACAGAGCCCGGGUGAGCUCUGAGCACAGCUGCGUGUCCUCCCUCGCCCCCAGCACACACAAAACCCUACAGAAAUGUUCAGGGAGAGAACUGGAGCCUGUGAAAACCUCGUCAGAGUCUGCAGUACAGGAAAGCUGUUCAAGGCAUUCAGUCUUCCUCAGAGGUAUUAGCUUGGGGGUGGGGGGAACUUCUAGAAUGAAAAUCAUCAGGGUGGAAGGAACCUGAUGUAAAUGUUUGUGUUAGAAACACAGGGUUGGAGACCCACCGGGCCAGUGUGCAAAUGCUAACGAGCCCUGUUUUGGGGAAGCUGCAACCUUCCCCCCAGGGUCGCCGGGGACGCCGUGUCCGAGGCCAUCUCUGGGCCUCUUUGCCGCCAUGCUGUCCUCUUGGACGGAAGCUGGUAGCUGAAGCACAAGACAUUGUCAGGGUCUUCUCCAAGGACUGAAGGCACAGUGUCACCCGAAGGGGUUGGGCUCACCUGCCUUGACCUGUGGGGGAGGUUAUGGGAUGAGGCCAUGGGGAGGGGUCUCCUCGACCAGGCGGUGCGGGGUCUGAGCAAGCCCCAUGGCAGGGGGUGGAAAGGAGAAAUGGGGAAGGGGAUUCAGUCACAGACAUUGUCUCCAUGUCAUUUUCGAGAUCACCUGGGGGCGGGGCACGGCGCACAAGGGCAGCUGCCCAGGCAGAGGUCAUGGGAAGGGGGCGGGAGGCUGACUGCAGCCUCUAGCCCCCCAUUCGAGCUGCUGGGACUCCCCAGUUGCAUCUGCUUAGAUACUGCCCGACCCCUCCCUGCUGCCUCUUUGCUAACAGCCUGCUUCCUUUCACCGGUGAGAAGCAAAAACUGACAAAUAAACAAACUGGAGACACAAGAGCAGUCCGCCGUCUCUGCGCGUGAUGCUACAGGGAAGAAGGGGCUGGCUCAGGAAACCCACGGAGGUGACAGGGACCGACAGGCAGGCCUGUGGGCUGAGUGCUGGGACUGUAGUGAGCUCGCAGUAGGUGCGUGUGUGGGCCCCUAGAGGCCGAGGUGAGGUCUCUCCACAGACACUGGGCAGACCUGAAACUUGGCCCUUAGCGCCCGAGAGACCAGUAGGUGAGGGAAGAACCAGGGCCAGCCACGUGGUACAAAGUGUCUCUUUAAACCUGGCUCUGCACUCAGGGAUCGCUCCUGGUGGGCUCGGGGGACCAUAUGGGGUGCCGGGGAUCAAACCUGGGCUGGCCGUGUGCAAGGCCAGCACCCUCCGUGCAGUGCUAUUGCUCUGCCCCACCAGUUCACCUUUAUCCAAAACACCCAUGAUCGAAUCUGGUCUUGGGGGAUUCCAGGGAUGCGUCUGUCACUGAGGAGAUGGGCUGGGCUGGUGGGGAGCAUUGGGCGCCCCAGGAACUCACCAGAGCUUCCUCUGCAGUGCAAGGCUGACUUUGUGGGUGCCAUGUGGAUCUGGACCCUGGACAUUGAUGGUGGCAGGACCCUGGAGAAGCCAUGGCUGGAGGCAGCUCUGGAUCCAGAGGACACGGACAUAGGAGCCGAGGGGGCCUAUGAUGAUGUGUGACUCAGGGUGUCCCUGGGGUCGCAGGACCGGCAGCUGUCCGGGGCCGGGGAGGUAGCACCACAGUAGUGCUUGUCUGUACGUGGCUGACCAGGGCUCCCUCCCCAGCACUGAUUGAGACCGAUUGUGAUCCCCUGGGUGCCGAGCCAGGCGUCACCAGACAGGUAACGGACAAAGCAGGUGAGGAGCAGGCCAGUGCCAGCGCCCAGGUCACCGGGGGCACACCUGGGCCCGGGCCUGAGUGCUUCUGAGCCAGAACAGGGAUCAUGAGGAAGCCAGUUCCCCGGACCCUCGUGAUGGCUGCCCAAAGGGGGUUCCCCAGGCACCCCCAACAGUGCGAGCCCCUUCCCUGAGUGGCCUCUUCCCUCUUACACUGGCCUCCAGGCCAGCAUGCGGAGUGAGGUCACUCUAGAGGGACCCUGAAACCAAAAGUAGCAACCAGGCCUGGGGGAGAUGGUCCAAACCUCCUGCAAUUUGUGUUCCCCAACUUAGAGGGGCUCAGGGGCGACUCCGCCCCCUUCCUGCACCCUAAGGGGAGUCUGGACAAGGUCUGAGCCUUGUUUCUGCUCCAGAGGCCCAGGAUGGGCUGGGGGCCUCUGACUGAGAUGCCCCUUCCAUCCCAGGCCACACACCUGGCCACAACACCAGGACAGAGAGCCGAGGAGGUGGGACAGUGUGUGUGUGUGUGUGUGUGUGUGUGUGUGUGUGUAUGCACACGUGUGCAUAUGUGCAUGCAUGUGUGUGUGAGCACGUGUGUCUGUGUGCGCUGUUGUGUGGUCUUCGUCCCACUCCUCACCCCUCAGGGCACAGGAGCCUAAAGAACUCUGCUGUGUCUUCUGUCCUGCAUGCUGAGCACUGUCCCUGGUUCCUGUAAGGGGACCCCAGGCAGGAUUAGCCCCUGGAAUUUGCCCCAGACACUUGGGAGAGACGCCAGGAGAGUUAAUCAUUUAGUGGGUCCAGGCGAGAAAAGUCUGAGCUAAAUAGUAGGGAGUGACAAUGCCUUGGGCCACA